CGCCAGUAGCUCGGACAAGCCUGGUAGGUCAGUGGGCUGGCCAGUCGGGCGAAACGGUGAUCGUUGACAUGUGGCACAAACAUUUGGGACCCGCCGUAAAACGUCCCUGGUGCAUAUCACGAUAGUAAGGGUAAACUAAUUGUCCCGGUAAUGGUCGGAACUGAUGAGAGCCAGGACGCAGCGCAGAAUAGUGAGGCUCCUCAGGCCCGGAGUGCGCGCAAGAAAUUGCGCCGAAAGUUAAAUCAUCGCACGGCAUGGAAGGAAUCGGACCUCGUAAAGCUGGUGGAGGUUCAUGCGGCGAUAGGCAAUCGCUGGGCCUCGCUAGCGCGCGCACUCAACAGAACUGACGCUCAAUGCAAGAAUAUCUUCUGGAGUGCGGAGCGCGCUAAGACUGGCUGCCCCAAGUGCCCGCUGUUGGCCCUGUACGCGCGCGAGAUGAAGGCGGCGGGGGAGGGCGUGGAGCAGGAGGGCGUGCGGCGGGCCGCGCUGGCCAGCGCCAAGGGGCAGCUCGCGGAGCACAGCAGGGCGGCGCAGGUGCAAAUCCUGCGGGCGAAGCAGGCACAGCAAGCUCUGCAGCUUCAGCUGCAGCUGGCGGCAGCAGCAACGGACAGCAGUGCUUUGGGGUGCGGCACGGGCGUUGCCAAGGCCGGCGGCGCGGAGGCGGAGGGUGGGGGCACAUUGGGCCCUGCGGCGGGCCAUGUUGGCGGCGGGGGCGACUCUGCCGCCGUGCGCGCUGGCGGCGGCGGCGGCGGCGCGGUGACCGCCUCCUGCUGCUGCUGCUCGGACAGCUGUGUAAGCAGCAGCAGCGCUUGCCGUGGACGCCCGCCGCCCAUGCUGCUUGGCAGCGGCAGCGGCAGCGGCGGCACUGCGGCUGCUGCUGCCAUGACAUCAACGGCGGCGGCGGCGGCGUCAGCGGCGGGCUGGGGUUCCUCCGCUGCCGCGGUGAUGGGCGGCAGUAGCAGUCUGGUCUCCUCGCGCCAGCAGUCUGCCGCUACUGCCGCCUGGAUGCCGGCUACAGCCGCGUCGCUCACAGCCGCCGGCAGCGUGGGCUCCUCAGCAGGCUGCUUGGGAGCACCGCCGCCGCCGGCUGUAGCGCCGGCGGCAGUAGCUGCCGCGCGCGUCAUGCCGCCGCCGGCUUUGUCCAUGUCGCCGCUGUUGUGCACCUUGAGCGCCCUGGCCCACGCACCGACCUCCACCUCCUGCUCCCACUAUCCCCUGCUGCCCUUGCCGCCACCGCUGCUGCCGCCGCCAGUCCCGAUCGGCAGUAGUAGCAGCAGCCUCGCGUUGGCCCCCCUGGGCUACAGCUGCGGCUUUGCGUGGGGCGGCGGCCCUGCUGGGUCUGGUUGCGCCCCUGCAGCAGCCAUCCCGCGUGGCCCAUGUGUGGCCGUGAUGCCCGUAGCCCUCUCCUCUCUGGGAGCGCCUUGGCAGCACCAGCACCAGCAGCAGGUGCAGCAUGAGCCGCCGGACGUGCACGUGCACAGCGGCGGCGACACAGCAGCGCGGGCCAAUGCUCCAGCACCCGCGCCCGCCGCCGCACCAAGCGCUGCUGCCACAGCGGCAGUGGGCUAUGGAGUAGGCGCACCUGCAGCGGUGGCAGUAGCUUCUGGUAAUGGACUGCCGCCGCCGGCUGGCCCGGCGCUGCUGCUGACGGUAGUAGCAGCAGCAACAGCAGCAGCAGCAGCAGCGGCGACUGGCGAUGGCGGCAGUGUUGGUGGGGAGCAGAGACGUCAGCAGCAUGUGAUGGACGGCGGUGCUGCGGACUGCUUUGAUGAUGCUUUCAUUGACCAAGCCGUGUUUAUGGAUUGGUGCCCCGCCGCCCCCGACGUGUCACCCGAGCAAUGGGUGCCGGUGGCCGCUGCCGGCACCGCCGCCGUCGCCGUCUCUGCGCCUGCUGCUGCUAUCGCGGCCAGCACUACCAGAACCACGAGUAGUGCCACACCUACGGCCACUGCUGCUGUGGACGGCGGCGGAGUGAUGCAACCCAUCCGCCGUGUGCAGCAGCAGGCGGCCGUGACCGCACCUCCUGCGGGUUGGACCAGCAGCAGCAGCGCUUUCCGCAUGUCUGCCGCAGGCAGCACCUCCUGCGCCGCGUUUGCCAACUACAGCAGUGCCGGGGCCUGCACCGCUGGCGCCACGCUUGGCAGUAGCAGCUGCUACAGCUACGGAAACAGUGCUAACACGUGCAGUGGCGGCAGCUGGCGCGCUUAUGGCACCGGCGCUUGCGGCGGCUGGCCGGGAGCCGCUGUAGGAGCUCCAUCGCCGCCGCCCCCGGCAGCAGUGCCGCCGCCGCCGUUCGCGUCGCCGUGGCUGGCUGGCCCGCCCCUGCACGUGCCUCCGCCGCAGCAAUACGCGCCCCACGCCUCGCUUGCCGCUACUGCUGCUGUUACUGCCGUGGCUUUUGCCCCUGUGGACGUCGGCCAAGCGGCGGCCUGCUGGGGGCUUGGCGGCAGCACGAGCGGCGGCAGUAGCCGGCUGCUGCUGGCACCUGGAGGAAGGAGUGGUGCCGGUAGCGAUGGCAAUAGCGGCGGAAGUAGCAGCCGGCUGCUGCCGCCGGCUACACCAGUGGCGGGCAGUGGCCACCCAAUGGCAGUGAUGAGCACGAUGCUACAGCCAUGCAUGCAGCAACAGCUACAGCCGCAGCAGCCUGCUAGCCAUGCGUUACUGCCGCCCUGGGGACUCCAGGCCUUCCAGCCCCCGCUGCCGCCGCCGCCGCUACACCCUCUGCUGUCCAACUACCAGCACCAGCAGUGGUGGGCCUGAUGACUGAAAGAAGCGGGAAUGCCAGAAGUACUGAAGAGAAAUAUGCACAUCGCAACACUGCCUAGUCGCUCACAGAUGAUUUGCACGCUAACCCUGCUGCAUGUUGACAACGCCUGGGGCGCGGAUGCGUCGUUAUUUUGGUAACUGUCCUUUCUUCAUGCGUCAAUUGAAUCAUUUAUUUCUGUAUUUCACUAUGCGGAGAUUCGGUACGGAGAUUCGGUAUGGAGAGGGGCCCCGCAUGCAGCCGCAUACGGUAUAUGUGAUUCUCGCAUAAGCACUGCAAGUGACGUGAGACAGAACAGAGAGCGACUUCGUUUGUUAAUAUGGAUGCGGGGCGGACUGGCAUCUAGGAAGGUUGGUAGACCGGGCGUGAGAAGGCGGGAUAUGGCCGGACUGCUGGGCGGGGUCCAUACUUCACACCAGUGUGGCCUGGGGUAACGUGCGCGUGCGGGCGUUUGCCUGCGGGCGCUGCGGGUGGGCUAGCUACUAAGUACUUGCCUUCUUCCUCUCGAAGUGAAGGUGGAUGCAGCUUGUGUGGCUGGCCGAGAUUGACAACUAUGGCUGGCUGAAAUUUGCCAGUAAUGGAUAGCCUCCGAAAACUCGCAUAAAUAUGUUUUCGUUUUGCUCAGAUUGAGGCUGUUGUAGGACAGGUAGGCAGAGAGUGGGCGUGUGUCGGGUCCGCGUCAGAGGACGGCCCACAGCCGCGAGCAAUGUUCAUAUGCACGGGUACUGAACUAUGAGAAUCGUGAGGGGAACAUUGAUGCUUGUUUGAUUUCAUGUGGAUGGAGCAUGACCUGGAGAUUACGGGCGCUCCACACUCGUGGGCUACAUGGAUUGCUUGCACACACCAUGUCACUGUGCAGUGUCACUGAGAGAGGACUUACUUGUGAACACACUUUAUAUGCGCACGUGAGUGGUGAUUCACGACGAAUUGGUUGAGAUCCACUACCGUACUGCACAUUGAAAUAGCAACGAAGAGAGGCAUAUCAUGUUGGACAUUACUUUAUGGUUGCUGGGGAACUCUUUGGCUGCGUAGGCUUGACACGCAUGCUAUGCUCGAGGUGUGAAAUGGCUAGGUUUAAUGACGACAAUGGCGACCCUGGUUGCCGUCUUGCCGUACGCGGCUGCGUAUGGAGGCCAUAGGAUGACGCAUGUCCGUGCGAUCGGGCACUUGAUGACGAGUAGAAGUGCCGGUGUGGAGUGGUCAGCUGAGGUGAGACGAGACACGGGCAUGCCAGCAGCAGCCAACAUCCAUUGUGUGGGCUCAGCAUCCUGACAUUGCAAGGGACGGUACCGGUAUCAAGUUCGUAUCCGCAUUUUGUUUGCCGCCGCACAGCUGGUGCUGGAUUUCCUGGGUUCUUCGAUGCGUUCUGGGGUUCGGUUGGGAAGGGGAAUAGGGGACAUGGAGUGUGAGGUGCGCGCAUGCGUACACGUUUGUGUGCGCUGGGUGCACCGAUGCGCUGGUGAUGAUGUCUUCAUCAAGAGAUGACAAGGGACAGUUUGCCCUGAGUGAUGAUUUUGUUCGGCGGUGCUUGGCACGGUGACGGCAGCGAAGGGUUGCGGUGCUCGGGGCCUGGGGCUACCCAGUGGCAUCGUGCGUGGCGGCAGCGGUGGCCCGGCAGCGGCGGCGCUGGGCCCAGUGGUGGCAGCAGCUGCUGUGCGGGUCACAGUGGCAGCAUGCGUAUUCAUGUGAAGCGGAGGCAAUCAGACAAGGCCACAAGGAAGAGAGCGAGGUUCGGCCCAGCAUGCGGCGGCGCUGGCGCGAAGGUUGCUUGAGACCGGGUUUCUAAUCGUUAAGUUUUGCAGCUCAUUGCUAUUUGGCAGGUGCAGUGCAGCUGCGGUGAGGCGUAAGGUAGCUAGCUGCAAGGUAGUGCGUCUCUCCCCACGCACGGAGUAAACCUGGACCCGGUGCUGUUCUUUUGAGGUGGGGAUUGGUGUUGGCAGCGCUCGUCGGCGGGCAGAGCCAGAAGGCUUUUGUGGUGUGUGAUACGGUAGUGGCCGGGGUCGGUGCUGGGUGUGAGGCUAUGGAGUAUGGGGCGGGCCUUUUGGAACCUUAGGGAUGCGGUCAGCGUGGUGGAUCAUGGGGGCCGGGCGACACGUGUCGCGGGCGGGUGUCUGAUUGUUGGGGCCGGGUGACCAGGGGAGCGGGAUGGAGACGGAUGAGACUCCGCGCGGGUUUGUGCGGUGGUUGCGAGAUUCUUUUGUUAGCAGGACCACUGAGACGAAAUAUCUUGUCACAAAGGAGUAGAGAUGGCUGGUCGGCCCUGCACAAUAAAGCAGCCAUGACCGGGCGCAAGCGUGGUACGCUGAGACUGCCAAAGGGGUGGCCGUGCCGCCGCUACGCUGUAAACAUUGCAGACA